AGAACAGAACAGAACGGAAGUGCUGCUAGGCGGAAGUGUUCAGUCGUACCGGAAAGUCACAUAGCAAGGCGUCCUCGAAAUAAAGCAGCAAAUUAAGUUCAUAUUUUGAAAAAUAAUUAGUCUUAUUUCAAAGAACAUUUCACAGUGUCGUCAUGAUUCUGUUGGAAAUUAACAACCGGAUUAUAGAGGAGACGUUGACUCUGAAAUUUGAGAGCGCGUCCAAUGGCAACAAGCCUGAAGCAGUGGAGGUCACAUUUGCAGAUUUUGAUGGUGUCCUCUACCACAUCUCCAACCCCAAUGGUGAUAAGACCAAAGUGAUGGUCAGCAUUUCCCUCAAGUUCUACAAAGAGCUGCAGGAACACGGUGCUGAUGAGUUGUUGAAGAGGGUUUAUGGAAAUUUCCUUGUACAACCAGAAUCAGGCUACAAUGUGUCACUGCUUUAUGACCUGGACUCAUUGCCUGAUAAUAAAAAUGAGGUGAUCCACCAGGCAGGCAUGCUGAAGAGGAACUGCUUCGCCUCUGUCUUUGAGAAGUACUUCAAGUUCCAAGAGGAGGGUCGAGAGGGCGAGAAGCGAGCAGUCGUUCACUACAGAGAUGAUGAGUCUAUGUAUGUUGAGGCGAAGAAGGACAGAGUGACCGUGGUUUUCAGCACAGUGUUCAAGGACGAUGACGAUGUGAUUAUUGGGAAGGUGUUUAUGCAGGAGUUCAAGGAGGGCCGUCGUGCCAGCCACACUGCCCCGCAGGUGUUGUUCAACCACAGGGAGCCCCCUCUGGAGCUGAAGGAUACGGAUGCUGCCAUUGGGGACAACAUCGGAUACAUAACCUUUGUCCUGUUCCCCCGCCACACGAAUGCCAGCGCAAGGGACAACACCAUCAACCUCAUUCACACCUUCCGUGACUAUCUGCACUACCACAUAAAGUGCUCCAAGGCCUAUAUCCACACACGAAUGAGGGCCAAGACCUCAGACUUCCUCAAGGUACUUAACAGGGCCCGACCUGAUGCUGAGAAGAAGGAGAUGAAGACAAUCUCGGGCAAGACCUUCUCUCGCUAAAAAGUCUGGGCUCAGGCCCUUACUCAACAGGGCCGGACAGUGAGCGGUCCCACACCUCACCAAACGGGACCCAGGACUUCCCUGGUCAGUGCGUCUCAUUCCACGGAAGGAAGCUGCCGAUCAUUCAGGGAGACAAGGAGGGGAAAAAAAAAAAAA